GCGCCGCGGCUGCGGAGGGGCACCGCCCGCCUCCUCGCGCCAGGCGGUGACGCUGUCGCGGGCCGAUGACGUCUGCGGGCCGUGUGGAGGGUGCCCGGGGAUUCCCCGCGGUGUUGUCCUGUGGCCCGGUGGGAUGGGCGGCCGGAUCGCGGGGCGGCGCGGCCGGCGCUGAUGGCGGCUCGCUGGGCAGCCCGCGGCUCCGGGCCGGCGGUGGAUGAAUUCACCGUACCUGCGGAGAAGAGCCGUCUUCUGGAGGGGAGCCGGGGCCGCAUCGAGGGCUUGUUCGAAGUGCAGCUGGCCGUGCUGGGGUCGCAGGGGGACUGGCGGCCCGAAAUCCCGCCGCCGCCCGCCCUCGCCAGGAUCUGGGUGCAGCUGGCGGGCGGCGGGAAGGCCGUGCACAGCGCCAAGGAGUAUAUUAAGGGACUCUGUGAACCUGAACUAGAAGAAAAGGAGUACUACCCAAAGGACAUGCACUGCAUCUUUGUUGGUGCACAAAGCUUGUUUCUCAAGAGUCUUAUUCAGGAUACCUGUGCUGAUAUAACAGUGCUGGAAAUAGGAUUGCUUAGUAUUAAGGGUGGUGCAGAGGCUGUUGUCAUGGCUCAAAGUCAUGUUCAGCAGUUUGUGAAGCUUUUUGAGAAUAAUGAAAGCCUAUUAAGUGACAAUGAGUCAGAGAUUAAAAAGCAAUUCAGACAAUUUGUGGAAGCACAUGCAGAUAAAUAUACAAUGGAUUUACUGAUUUUGCCUAGCUCCCUAAAAAGGGAACUCCUGGCUCUCACACAAACUGAAUGUUGUGAAGUGGAGUGCAGUAUCAUAGAUCUUACAGGUCCUGAAAUCCCAACAGAGCGUUUACAGGACAAAGCCUCCAAAGUAAUCUGUACAAGCAGAGAUGGAAGAGCAGGUGAUGAGGAAGCAAGAAACAAUGCUGGGACGCCUGUAACUGAGCUUACAAAGCAAAUGGACACUGUGCUUUCUGAUGCUCCUGAAACAGGUUUUGUUCCCAUAAAUGUUAUGCCUCCGUUAGAGGGAGUGGUGCCUAAAGAAAGGCAGUCAUGUAAAAGAAGAUCUUCUGAUGAUGAGGAAAGACUCCCGAAAAAGCAAUUCUCUUUGGAAAAUGAUCAGAAAGCGAAGUCUGCUUCACACAGUCAUCCUUCAGACAGUGAUGCAGUUAUUGAUCUGAUUUCGGAUGGCUGCAGUGACUCCCGUGACUCCAGUUACUGCCUUAAAGAAGGUGAUGAUAUCAGUGAGGAAAUGGAGUAUAAAAUUCUCGUGAACUUUUUCCGAACAAUGGGGUAUUCACAAAAUAUUGUAGAAAAGGUUAUUGGUAUUCUAGGGCAAUCUGUGGAACCAUUAACAUUGCUAGAAGAAAUUGAAAAGGAGAAUUUAAGAUUUCAAGAAGAACGUGAACAAUCAUCUCAAAAGUCUAGAACUGUCAAUCCUCCUUUGGGAAGUAAUGCAAGUAAUUCACAAAAGGUGGAAGACAAAGGCAUUUUUAGCAGUAAAAGUCCACUUAAAUCCUGUCAUACUUCAAAAGAGACAAAAAAUGAGUAUCACACUAGAAGAGAUUCACCAAGCAAGCAAGUUGAUGGAGAAGAUAAAAUGCAUAUGUUGGUAUGCAAGCCUGCUUCUCCUUCGAGAAAAAAUUCAGCUGUAUGCUGUAAACAAAGAGACGUUUUUUGCCUGGGUGAGAGUCACAGUUCAAAGUCAAGUGGUAUAGAAACUGAUGGUGCUGUAACUUUCAGUAAUGUACAAGCCAGAGCUCUAAAAGAUGUUGAUUUUGUAGCCAGAGGGAGCUCAGAUGUGCAGCAUAUCUCAACUAAGACUAAAAGUGCAGCUCAGCAAAAAUCUGGAGGGCCCUCAGCCGUACAGAAUAGACAUUCUGUAAGUGAAGACCAAUUAGGACACUGCAGCUCUUCUUCUCAAGUGAAAUCUCUCAACAAACGUCUUUCUCAAACCUCAAAUUCUGAAAAUCCAGUCACAGACCAAGUAUUGUCUUCGCAAGUAUAUCCUUCAAAUUCUGAUAGAGAGACAGUGGGACCACACAGACGUCAUCAUGAUCCUUCAGUUACUGGAGUUCAAAGAUUUUUGGAAUCUCUGAAAAAGCCAUACAGGUUGGAGUUGAAAAAUGAACCUGGGAAACCAUAUUUAAAACACAUCAUUAUUGAUGGAAGCAAUGUUGCGAUUUCUCAUGGCCUAAGGAAAUUCUUCUCCUGUCGAGGAAUUGCAAUAGCUGUUGACUACUUUUGGAAACGUGGCCACAGAAAUAUUACUGUAUUUGUUCCACAGUGGAGAACAAGACGUGAUCCUUCCAUUACAGAGCAGGAUUUCUUAACACAGCUCCAGGAUGUUGGAAUAUUGUCUUUAACCCCUGCAAGAAUGGUUUUAGGAGCAAGAAUUGCUGCUCAUGAUGACAGGUUUUUAUUACACCUUGCUGAUAAAACUGGAGGUGUUAUUGUGACUAAUGAUAACUUCAGAGAAUUUGUGACAGAAUCACCUGCCUGGAGAGAAAUUAUUCAAAAAAGGUUGCUCCAGUACACUUUUGCUGGGGACAUAUUUAUGGUUCCUGAUGAUCCUUUGGGAAGAAAUGGACCUAGAUUAGAUGACUUCCUUCGAAAUGGAGGCUGUUCUAGACCUCUUCGAUCAGCAGAAAAGGCUUUACAGAGCAGUGGACAAUAUUCUUCUGAGACACCUUUGUUCAUGCCAGUCUCCAAACCAACCAGCAGCAGUCGACAGCCUAAAAACAAAGUCCAUGGACUUUUUCCACUGGAAAAAAACAUGCAGCAAAUAGACAAUACUUGUCUGGCAAUUCCACCACAGAGAUCUGCCUCAGAAACAGUACAGCUAAGAGAAGCACUGAUCAAAAUUUUUCCUGAUUAUGAGCAGAGACAGAAGAUCGAUCAAAUAUUAGCUGAUCAUCCAUUCAUGAGAGAUCUUAAUGCACUGUCUGCCAUGGUGCUUGACUGAAUAUUAUGCAGGAUUUUUAUGUCACAACUUUUUAAUAUCAAUGUGAAGAAAAAUAUUGCUUUAUGUUAAUUUGUGAAUACUCAGAACUUAAUUUUAUUUGUAUAAACAAAGACUUUUUUGUGUAUGUUAUGUUGCUAAUAGAUGCCAGUUUUUGGUAAAUUAAAAACUGCUGCUACUACACACUUGUAGUAAUAUUUUCUAUGAAAAAAACCCUAUCUUUUACUUCACUUGAAUUGCUUAUUAAAGCAGUUUUCAGUUCUAAAGAACUGUCACCACUUUAAAUAGUGCCUUAGCACUUGUUUUUAAAAAUAACUUUCCUUAAAAGAGAAAAAACGUGUCAGAGGCUUGAAGUGACUUUCACAGCUUUAGGUAUAUUUUCCAGAUGCACGUAUAAUAUACUGUAACAUCAGCCAUGCACCUAUCAGAUUUUGUUGCUGUUUUUAUCUAGAGUACAGAUAUUCUUUGAAAACCUGCGUUCUACUAUUCACUCUUUCACUUAGGAAUUUGGGAAUAUUUCUCUGUAGAAAUAAACCAGAACUUUUUAAUAUUUUCAGACGUGAA